CUAGGGGCUGGAGGCGCGUGACGGCCCGCGGGACUGUACCCCAGCGCGCGCGCGUGUGUGUGUGUGUGUGUGGGGGGGGACAUGAGUGUUCCUAGGCCUUUGCCCCUAGACGGGGACCGGACAGGGCCCGCCGACAGCGCGGAGGCCGGCGAGCCGACGCUGGGAUUAAGUGAUGCUUCUCCGGAUGAAGGAUUUACAGUAGAGGACUUGAUGGUUGAAGACAAAGCUGUUGAGCAGCUGGCAGAAGGAUUGCUUUCUCACUACUUGCCAGAUUUGCAGAGAUCCAAGCAGGCCCUGCAGGAACUCACACAGAACCAAGUUGUAUUACUAGACACACUGGAACAAGAGAUUUCAAAGUUUAAAGAAUGCCAUUCCAUGUUGGAUAUUAAUGCUUUGUUCACUGAAGCAAAGCAUUACCAUGCCAAAUUGGUGAAUAUAAGAAAAGAGAUGCUGAUGCUUCAUGAGAAGACAUCCAGGUUAAAAAAAAGAGCACUUAAACUGCAGCAGAAGAGGCAAAAAGAAGAGCUGGAGAGGGAGCAGCAGCGGGAGAAGGAAUUUGAAAGGGAAAAGCAGUUAACGGCCAAACCAGCUAAAAGGACAUGAAAAGUCGUGUCUGUGUGCAUUUUCUUUUCUUGUCCCAUAUUCUUUGGAUGUAAGAGGAAGUGAGUGGAGUGAGGUUCAGGUAGUGCCUUAUACCUUUGUGGUGGUUAGUUUUAAGUCCUUGUUCCAGGAUUUAUGUGCUCCAUAUCUUCCUUUCAGUCAUUCAAGAAGCCUUUCUUCCUAAAUAGUAGAUGCAGUAUCAUUUGUUUUUGAUAUUUAUAUGUACUUUUUCAACUUUUGCUUAAUUUAAAAAUUCAUUCUUUUGAUCUUAGAGUCAUUUAUAAAGUAUAAAAUGCUUUGACCACAAGUGUAGACUCAGACAGGCGCUGAUGGCUUACACCUAUAAUUCUCGCUUCUCAGGAGGCUGAGAUCUUAGGAACACAGUUCAUA